AUGGUCCGAAAUAUUCUGCUCUUCUCGGGCACCUCCCAUCCAAACCUGACGGAAGCGAUAUGCACACACCUCGGCAUUCCACCUGCGAAAAUCACCCUCUCGAAAUUCAGCGUUGGUGAGACAAGAGUGGAGGUCGGAGAGAGUGUACGCGGAAAGGACGUCUUCAUAGUCCAGACGGCAUGCAGCAGACCACCAAACGGCGGUGGCGCACAGAGCCUGAACGAUGGCCUGAUGGAGCUCCUCAUCACAAUCAGCGCUUGCAAGACUGCCAGUGCGAAGCGUGUUACCGCUGUUCUGCCACUAUUCCCCUAUUCGAGACAAAGCGAUUUGCCAUACAACAAAGUCGGAGCACCGCUUGCGCGCAUGCCAACCAGGACAGAAGAUGGAGGCAGAUACACAUUUGAAUCGCGACCCACAACGCCAGGUUCGAGUCAAUCGCAUAUGAGGGAUGAGAAGCUCGCGAAACACCUGAAUGGCAUGCGGUUGAAUGGCGAUCUGAAGCUGGGGCGCAAGAAUACUUUGGAGAGCGUGCAGAGCGAUACAGGCUCGCCGGCAGCUUCGCCGACUUCUGCCAAUGGACACGGAGAUGGACACAACUCUGCCACCACGCAGUUUCGACCACAGCGCGGUUACAAGCAGUGGGUAGCGCAAGCUGGUACUCUGGUCGCGGACCUCUUGACCUGCGCUGGCGCGGAUCACAUCAUCACCAUGGAUCUUCACGAUCCUCAAUAUCAAGGAUUCUUCGACAUUCCGGUGGACAAUUUGUACGGCCGCAACUUGCUGAAGCGCUACAUCACUCAUCAGAUUUUGCCCCAGAAUGGCGGCGUUGACAACUGCGUCAUCGUAUCUCCCGACGCUGGAGGAGCAAAGCGUGCUACCAGUAUAGCAGACUCACUGGGCAUGGAGUUUGCGCUUAUCCACAAGGAGCGCAGAAAUCCAGCGCAUCCGUCCUCUGCCGCUCCACACCCAAACAGCACUCUACUUCUGGUAGGACAAGUGCAAGGCAGAGUCUGCAUCCUCAUCGACGACCUUGCUGAUACUUGCAACACGAUAACCCGAGCCGCCAAGCUUCUGAAGAAGGAAGGCGCGACAAAAGUGUACGCGCUUGUUACCCACGGUGUUCUCUCCGGCGACGGUGUGGACCGCAUCUUCCACUCGGGCCUCGAUAAAGUCAUCGUCACCAACUCCGUUCCUCAAGACGCGCACGUCCGCCGAAUGGAAGAGUUGGCAGCCCAAUACGGCAAGCCAAGUGGAAAGCUCGAAGUCCUUGAAGUGGCUGGCGUGUUCGCAGAAGCUAUCCGCCGCGUGCAUCACGGAGAAUCGAUCAGUGUACUAUUCCAGUACGACUAG